AUGGAGGUAAUGGAAGAUGGUAAUCUUUUAGACAGAGUGAGAAUUUUAUUACAAAGAGAUUUGGAUUAUUAUAAUCAGCAUCAAGCAGUUUUACAAGAAAAUCUUUGCUCUGGUGUCGUCGGAGGAUUGCUCGAUUUUCCAAGAUAUGCAUCCUUUGCUGCUGUAAAACUUGUUACUUGGUGGGAAGCUCAAUUUAAAAGCGCCUUUCAAAAACCUUCUGGUUUAUCUGGAAUAGCAGUAGAAAGCAAUGAAGGUGCAGAUAGAGGAUGUGGAGGUAUAGCUGUGAUUUUAGCACCUAAGGAAUUUCUAAAAGUUAUAGAAGAUACAGCAGCUCAGUUGCUUGAACAUUUGCAUAUUCUUUCUCAGGAAGCUUUGGAUCAUGCAGAUUUGACAGUACUAACAGGUACCUUAGGAGCUUCUGCUCUUGUUAAAAAUACUCUUUGGUGUUACAAUGAACAUCUGAAUUUAAAAGAAGGUCUAUCUUUACAUGAAAGCUAUAAAAAUUAUAAAGAAAUGUCUGAAGCUUUAGCUGAAAGGCUUUUGGAUUUGCAUUGUAGACUUUUAUCUUUAUACGUCCUUCAAGACGCUGAUUCUUUAUCGUGGGAUUACCCUCAUCCUUUUUUCGAAGGAGAGCGUGGUUCUUUUGUCAUUCAAAUGUGGUGGUUAUAUAUGCAAGGAACUCGUCAAGAUCUCUGGAACACAGUACCUCCAAAAACAGCACAACGUGUGCUAGCUGGAAUGCUUAAUGAAACUCUGACAAUAUUAGCCAGCAGAUAUUGUCAAGCUGAACCAAGUCCUGCUCGUUUAUCACUUUUGGUUACUGACAUAGGUAAUCUAUUACUCUGCGUUAAUGAAAUUCUACCAUCGAUUUGCAGCAACGCUUCAGAAUUUUUAGGAUUUUCGAACAGUAAAAUUCUUCGGGACAUUCAUUGUAAAUGUCAUCAGCUUUUAUUAUGUUUAAGUCUUCGCGGUUGUCCUCUUUCCAUUCUUUAUAAACUUUUUAAAAAUGGUUUUGACGAUGUCAUCGCAUUUGAAAAUCGUGCAAAGUCUAUAGCUCCGUGGUUGAUUUUUGUAUCUCCCGAACUCCUGCAACUUUCUUUGGGUGAACGACUCACGAGUAUUUCCGACGAAUACGCCAUUAUGUUAGAAUUAAAAGUUUUAAUAGCUCAACCGCAACCUUGUUAUCCUUUGUUAUUGCACGUUUUAACCAUGAGGGAAUACAAAGUUAUAACCUUAUUACUCAAAAAAAUUUCGUUGUUGCUGUCUGAAGAAAAAAAAUUAAAGGAAAAAAAAGAAGAAGAUGUUAAAUCGAAAGACGUCAACUGCGGUGGUUUUUUGUGUUCAGAAAGUGGUAAUUGUCAAUUUAUAUCGAGCAAUUCAAACAAUUUAUUUUCUGCCGUUGCUUUUGUUUUAAUGAACGUUUGCACAACGGAAGAUUUUAACAAAUGUAUAACCUAUGCAUUCGAAUUGAUAGAACCAAAUUGGGCUUGUUGCCUCGACAGGCAUCAGAUUUGGAAUUUAAAAUAUCCGCCAUGGUUGUCAGCAUUUACAUCGGAAUUAGAAAUACCGUUAAAACCUUUAGUUAAAACAUUGAUAGAAAAUGGAAAUUGUAAUAAAAAUUUAGAAUUUUGCAUCGAUUUGACAUUGGAGAGUUUGUUGAAAUUGAAAGAUGUCCUACCACCUCACGUAUUCAAAGUUGCCAUAGUUUUACAAGAAAACAUACCAGCGGAUAUAAAUCCCAUUGGGAACAGUGUACUACUACAAAUGUUAAUCAUGGUGGUGUAUGCUUUGUUAGUGUCAUCUGAAAACGAUGCUGCAUUAGCUUUGGCAGAAGCACUUUGUCACUUAGAAGUACCCGUUCACAUAGUGGAACAAUUGGAAAAGGGUCUUGAAGAAUUUAUAGACGAUCACGAAUUAGCUUUGGUUUCGGACGUGACCGUUAGUCGAAUACUUUUUACUAAAUUUGGCCGACAAGCAAUGAAAGUUCUUUAUCAUUCAAUCGUUGAACAUUCGGAAUGGUUUAUGUCAUCUUUAAUACCUGAAUAUCCUUCUACUAAACCUUCAAAUAAAUUACUCUACAUAAUGUUUCACAUUGGUAUAAGACCUUUCGAUCAGAUUUUAACGGGAGAAUGGAAACCUGAUUAUUUAAAAAUUUUAGAAAGGCCUUUAUCUCUCACGAAAGAAACCACUUGGAUGCACCUGUCUAAAAGACCUGAAUUUGUAAAUCCUUCUAUUUUAUCGAAACACGAUAAAACCGUUGUUGAAACAAUAAGUUCAUUAUUUUUAGGCGACUAA